GUUACUUGUCGAGACCAUCAUGGCCAACAACAAUAAUAACGUCAUUGCCGCCGUUGAGUUGAUUGCAGCGCUGGAGAGAAAGGAUCCUCCUUCAUCGUUGGACGAGAUCCGGUCCAUUGCCAGUGCCGACCCCAUUGUGUUGAAAAGCAAGCUCGUCUGGUAUCAUCACGACGGUGUGACGCCUCUGAGGGUUGCCUGUGCCAACCCACAAGUAGACGAUGCGAUUAUCGAAUAUCUGAUUCGCGAAUGGCCCGAUAGCGUCUAUAUUCCCAGUACGGGAGGAAUGCUGCCGAUCCACAUGGCUUGUUGCGCGGGAAUGAGCAUCGAAUCGAUUCAACGACUGGCGUUGCACCAUCCGGAAAGUUUGGAAAUGGAAAGUAGCCUCGGUUGUCCCCUGCACUGUGCCAGUAUCUCUCCGCACACAUCUCUAGAAACAAUCCAGUUUUUGUACGAACAAUACCCAAAAGCCAUCCACUGUAAGAGUUGUAGGGGCGAUUUGCCCCUUCACUUGUCCAUCGAGUCCAAGCUAGUGGAGGUGGUCCAGUUUCUCGCAGAGGCAGACCCCAAGUGUUUGUUGGUGAGCAAUAAAUAUGGUCAGUUACCCAUCCAUACUGCAGCCUACCAGGGAGCUUCGUUGGACAUUUUGCAGUGCUUGGCAUCUCUCUGUCCCGAGAGCCUGCAGACCAAAGACAACAACGGCGAUAUCCCCUUGCAGCAGGUUGCAUGCCAUGGAGACUUUUCUGCGAAACAAGUGUUGGAAUAUCUUAUUGCCAACAAGGGAGAUUUUGAUCCGAGUUGUCUCUUGCACGAAUUCUAUCGUCACAAAAAGAGACAGAAUCUGGAGUUGAUCCGAUUCGUGCUGGAAAAGGUCCCCGAAUCCGUCCGCACGAAGAAUGACCGGGGAGAACUCCCGUUGCACAGAGUCAUCAAGGGAGGCUUGUUCAAUUGUUCUUUCUGGGAAGCCGGACAACAUUUACAUUUGAGAGCAUUGGUCCAGGCGUACCCAACAGGCCUCUUUGUGCCGUGUCGUUUGGGUUCGACACCUUUGGAUACGUUGAAACGGAGCCGGGGGUAUUCGGAAGAUACAAAAUCCUUUCUCGAAGAACAAAUGAGACAGAUUCUAGGCGGUUUUCUCCAGCGCAUUGCUGCAAAGUUUGGUGUCCCAGAAACUGUGCUGGAGCAUCAAGUGUUGCCGUUUGUCUUGUAGCUAGCUAGAGAGGUGAAUGAAGGGCGGUAAACACGAAUACCGGUAUCGAUGCAUGGUUACCGUAGAUAGCCCACCUACUCUUAAGCCCUGUAGACUGGUACAA